CCCGUUGGGGACAACGAAUGUGUAUACUUUGAGUUUGUUUUAUCUUUUGAAACAAAAUAUCGAUAGUUUUAGUAGAAAGAAACUAAACCAAUAAAUUAAUUUCAACUUAUUAAAGUGUUUAAUACAUCACUAUGGGGAAAAAAUUUAUUUUGCGUUAUUAGGUAAUAUUGCUGUUGGUCAACUUGAUGAGUAAAAUGCAAUAAAAAUGGCAAACUGCCCGAAAACAUUAGGAUGUGUGUCUGCUACUAGUCGUGAUAGUUUUUUCCAUAUAAAUGAACGACCUGUUGACGAUAUUUCUUUAGAGUUUUUUUAUAAACCACACACGAUUACUCUAUUAACGGUGUCUAUCGCUGCAGUGAUAUAUUUUGCUUUUACGAGGGAGGAGGGAGAUGUGCAAGAUAACAUCAGGUCUGGCAUCUGCUGCGUGGUCUUCUUCUUCCUGAUAAUCUCCGUGCUCGCCUUCCCGAAUGGACCAUUUACAAGACCCCACCCAGCCAUUUGGCGAAUGGUGUUUGGUAUGAGCGUGCUCUACCUCAUGGGCCUGCUGUUCCUGUUGUUCCAAAACUUCAAGACUGUGAAUGCAGUUUUGUUCUGGAUUGACCCAGCACUCAGGGACUUCCACAUCGACAAGGAGAAAGAGUAUGGAGUGAAUUGCUCAGACAUAACACUGGAACGAAUAUGGAGCAACGUAGACGUGUUUGCCCUGGCACAUUUUUUGGGCUGGACUUUGAAGGCUAUCCUCGUUCGCCAUUUUGGAAUUUUAUGGGCUAUCAGCAUUAUGUGGGAAUUCACAGAGGUUGCAUUUGCGCACCUUCUCCCUAACUUCAUCGAGUGCUGGUGGGACACCUUGAUACUGGACAUACUGGUAUGCAAUGGCUUAGGCAUUUGGGUUGGAUUGAAGAUAUGCAAGAUUCUGGAGAUGAGAGAGUACAAGUGGGUCAGCAUCAGGGACAUCCACUCGACGUCCGGCAAGAUCAAGCGUGCGGUGCUGCAGUUCACGCCCGGCAGCUGGACGCAUGUGCGCUGGCUGGACCCCACCUGCACGUACAUGCGCUUCUUCGCCCUGUGCCAGAUGGUGGUGUUCUGGCAGGUGUCCGAGCUCAACACCUUCUUCCUCAAGCACAUCUUCGAGAUGCCUCCCUCGCACCCCAUCGUGGUGCUGCGGCUGGUGCUCAUCGGGGUCAUCGUCGCCCCGUCCGUCAGGCAGUACUACAGCUACGUGACGGACACCCAGUGCAAGCGGGUGGGCACCCAGUGCUGGGUGUACGGGGCCAUCAUGGUGACGGAGGCCAUACUGUGCCUCAAGAACGGCAAGGAGCUGUUCGAGCAGGCCCAGGCCGUCAACAUCAUCAUCUGGCUGCUGGUCCAGCUGCUCGUGUCCGUCAUGUGCGUCUACGGCUGCGUCCUCUGGCACAAGUACUUCCAGAAUGAAGAAAUUUCAAGAGAAGCAUCUCCUGUGAAAACUCCAGACGGACAAUUUAAGCAAUGCAUAAAUCCAGAUGCUGAGAACAUGUUGGCAAACCACAUAGGUGGUUCGGGAGAUUUGAAAGGACAGCAUGAAGAGGUGAGGAGAAGAUUUAUUACCUCUACAGAAAAUGGAAGUCUAACUCAAUAGGCAUUAUUCCGAAGUCAAAACUCAAGUCCAAUGAGUUGCUUGUGUGAGAAAUAUGUUCUUCUUUUCAGGAUACACGCUUGAUGUGUCCAUGAAGUAUGUCUCUCCAGUUAUCCUAGAUGCAGUACGGAGAAGGAUGUUUUUUUUCAGCACUAGCACACAUUGAUUUUUCUCGAUUGGCUGAUGUUUCUUGAUCAGCCAAUUACAUAAUUACACACUACAGGCAGAAUCACAUUGGUAUCAUGGUUAAUGAGAAUCACAUUGGUAUCAUGGUUAAUGCAGACCAUAUCACUCACAAGUCUGAUGUUAUAUUUUUAGUGGCUGUAUGUUUUUGUGAAUGAUUUCAUUGUAGCUUAUAGAAAUGUCUUUGUUAUACUUAUAACAAAAAUAAAAGAUAAGGUACAAGAGAGAAUUUUUGAAGGAAUUUUUUAUAGAAGGUAAUUGUUAUUUUAUAAAAUAGCAGCAGCUUUAGAUAUGCAUUUACCCAGUGAUUCGUAAAAGUGUGCUUUCAAGAACAGCAGGGAUUUCGGUGUGUGCUAGCUGCAGAGUUUUACUUUUGGGACUGUAAAAGUGGUCUAAAUAACCUGUGUGAAGCUUCUUUAGGUGCAGACAUGGGCAGUUAUUUAUAAUGUUACAAAUGAGUGUGCUGUAGACUGUCAUUACAUUCGUAAAGUUGUCGUGAAAAUUAAGGUGUUCAUUAUCAUACCUGCUGGUAAAUUUAAAUUUUGAUAUUUGUUUCUGAUGGCAGCACUGAUAUUAUAAAGUGUGACCUGCUUUACACCCAUUGAAACUCAUAGAAUCUGUUUGUGGUAUGUAUGAAAAAAAACACUCUGCCUACCACCACUGUUGAAAGUUUUAUCAUCUUUUUGCUAUUUUUAUUCUAAGUCAUUCUCAUGUUUGUUACCAUGAUGUUGCUGUACUUUUUAAUAAGAGAUUUGAGCAAAAAUCUGUGAUAGUCAUGGAAACUCAGAAAACCUUAUUCUCUAAGUGUAUGCCGUAGAUUAGUUUAUAGAAUGUAUAAGAUUGUUUUGUUAAAUGCAGAAAUUGAAAUGAAAAAAAAUUAAGGAACUCGUUCCUCACAGCUGAAGCUAAAGUAUGAAAUACUAGCUUCAGUACCCGGAGUUCCCAGGGUUGAGCACAGGGUGAUAGCAAAAUUGAUAGCGCUAUAUGACAGUGUGGUGGACAUACAGAAAUGACACACAAUUGCUGUUUGUAUGUCUACAACCUAUGAUUUUCUGUUUACCCAUGGUGAUUGGUUGAACGGUUUAGCUUAGAAGUUGAUGCGUUGCAGCGCCAUCUAGCGGCGAGUUACAAAAAAAUGGAUAGCUUAAAAACCUUCUCCAUGAAAAAAACCCUUCGAUGUGCCAACUUUCAUUGAUUAUCGGUCAAACGGUGUCAGAUUUUAUCAACACCAGAACCACUCAUACCCGAAGUUUCUUCUUUCCACUUGAGUGCUUCACAAUGUAUACAUUUUUCAUCCAUUCUCCCUACGAGAACUAAUCAAUGGUUAAUAUAAUCAAUCAAUGGGUCAUAAUCAAAAGCAACAUCGUGAAACGACUCCCAUUUACUCAUUUGAAACGCAUGUCUCCUUCCUGUCUGCCGUUCAGCAUUUGAACCAUGUCCUCUUUAGGAUUCUUCAGGCAUCUCCGCAGCUAUCGAUGACGCAUGUCGCUCGGCAUCUAAAACCUGAUGGGCUUGAGUCUGCUCUAAGGUCUCUGCAACUCUUUGAGCUGCGUGACGCUCAGCGUCUAAAAUCUGCUGGGUCUGAGUCUGCUCCUCAGAAUCUUGGGUUCUAGCUACUUUCGCAGCUCGAGCUUGGCUAGAGUUACGUGCUAGAUAGAGGCAAGAUUUUAUGGUGUUAUUAUAAGGCAAAUUUCUUUUUUAAAAAAACAGAUUUCGGUGUUAUAGCUUUUAUUAUUGAAGACUUUUAUAAGCAAUCCGAUAACUUAUCUAAUGUAUUAAAAAUAAUAUUCAUGCAAGAGAGAGAUCAAUUAUUUUUAAUGCAAAAAACACAUUGUAAAAUAUUAAUAAAAUAAUAAAUAGCAUGUGUUACACUUACAGAAUGGUUAAAUUUGAAUCUUAAACUAAUGAACUCCAAACUUUGAAAAUAACUUAAUAAACUGUAACAUGGUACAGUUAAUUUUGUCAAAAAACAUCUCCUUUGGAAAGGUAUGUUAAAUUACAUUCAUUUUUAUUUACACUAAUAUUGGCUAAUAACACUAAAAUGUUAGCAUGGUUAAAUGCUCUGCAUUUUCUGGAGAAAGUGUAGAUCACCUGUCAGAAACUACUAGAGAGUAGAGAGUACUUCGAAAAUGAACGUUCACAAUCAACAUUUGCAGUUGGGAACCAUAUUGCUCUUAAUCCAGCAUUUGAAAAUUCACUGUAAUUGGUUUUCAUUGAACACAGAACUUGCGCAACAUCGACAGUCUUUGUUUCUGGUUUUGCAAGUUCUUCUGUAAUAAUAAGCUUGAAGGUGACAUAUGCUUCAAUAAAAACUUCGCUGGGAAUAUGAGAAAUCGCAGGUCGGUUUAGGAUUACUUUUUGUACGUUUUCAGGUUUCAUGCACACCCUUCUUACAUUUUGCGGGUUAAAGAAGUGAUCAAUUGCCUGAAAUGUUUCCCUGCAAGGAUCAUUCUGCAUCAGUUCUAGAAGUUUAGCUUCACAUUUCUUGCCAGUUAAUUGCAAACAUUGUUUCAAUCCUGCCUGCUUCACGGUGCGUAGUUCACAGAUCAAGUCAUUUACUGAAGCUGAAACAACACCACUGCUCAAAACACUGAAUUUGUUCUGCAGAGCUUUCAAUUUUGUUGUCAACAAAUGUGCAGUUGGGUACAUAUUACCCUCUAGGGAAGUUAUCAACUCUGUUAGAGGAGAGCAGUUUUGUGCCACAAACAGAGCUUCAGCUUUCACAACAUUCACUUCCUCUGCAGAAAUUUCUUUCAGGAAUUUAAUGCCAAUGUUGUGUUCUCUCAAUUCUUCAAAGAAUUCCAAGAUAUCCUGCAAAUGUAUGCUGAGAUAGACAACAGACUCAAACCAUGUGUUCCAUCUGGUAAGAACAGGUUGUGGAAAGUGCAUGCACAUUGCAGGAUCAUGAGAGUAUUUGGUGUUCAGAAAUUCCAAGUACUUAUGUUUGCACUUUCUUGUGUUCUGAAAUGAAUUUUUUACCUUUUACUAUAAUAUCAUUGAGUUGCUCAAGGUUAGACUGCCGAACAACUCCAACUAAAUGAAUUUUGUGCGCCCAGCACUGCACAUGUAUCACACGAUCACCCAACACCCUUGAAAUGUACUGGCACAUUUAAUCAUGUACCUAGCAGAGUCUGAUACAAAUGCACACACGUGUGAAUGAUCCACUUCAUAUUUAGUUAGUGUGUCUAAAACAGCACGAGUACAUGAUACAGAAUCUGCAUAAUCCAAAACAACAUAUGCAGCAAGAUGUGAUGAUUGUGUUGCACCUGGCUGAAGGGUCCUGAAAAUAAAUUUGAACACACAGCGCCCAUUCCUGUCUGUAGUUUCGUCAGCCAAAACACACAUUGGAAUGUGACUGACUAAUUAUUUUAUAGUCUCUUUUUUAUUUUCUGCUACUAUCGGGAUGUACUUCUUUCGUAGCCAAUCUGCAGUUGGUAGGUCACCACCACCCUUCACACACUCUUGAAACCAUGCUCUAAGUGCAGGAUUGUCCAAUUUCUCCACCGGGAUAUUUGCUGAAACAAAGGCGUCAGUGGUUUUUAUGAUUAAGUCUUCUUUAUAAUUUGGCCUUUUUCAUUGUAACUGCCGACUCUGAAAUAGAAACUUGCCUUUUUGUGGGUAUUCCACUCUUUUUUACACCUUUUAUGUUUUUCACUCGACACAUGUUUCACCAAAGUAUCGCGUCUUUCAUGUUCGAGCCAGCAGUUGCAAAAUUUACACAUCAAAUUACUUUCACACAUGUAAAAACCUUCACCAACAAACUCCUUAACCCUCUCGUUUGCAGAGACUUUAUUCUUCGGCAUUAUAAAAUAUUUGUGUUUCAGAAUAAUUUACAUUGAUUUGCCGUAGCAAAAUUCACCAAGCCUACAUUUCAAACUGCUUGAAAUCAUACAAUAUAAACUGAAAAUAGUACCAUUUGCUGGUUUCGUGAACUAAACAACAAACAAAACAUUAGUUUUGGAUAGUUUUAGAUAUUCACGUUACUAAAAAAAAUAAUUUCAACACAAAUAAAACAUGCUACACUAGCGCUUCGUUGUGGUCUAAUGCGUCAAAUUGGUAUUGCAACGUCCAAAUAUACGAAAAUUGUUUCGUGUGUUCACUUCACCAUCAUGCGUCAACCAUGUAGUCUUUGGUGGAACUUCUGAACUCGUGGCAGUACGCAAAUUAAGGUUAUAUUGCGGACUUCGGUAUAUUUCGCAUUAUUUCGCGGACUUCGACAUAUUUAGUUUUAUUUCGUGUAUAUAACCAAAUUUCUGUGUUAUUUUGUUUUAUCGCGAUUCACCAUAAAAUUGUGCUUCUAGUGCCAGAUUAGAUUUACUCUUGCGAGGCAUAUCGGAAGCAGUAGGUACCUUAAAAAGAACAAAAAUAAGAGUAAGAAUAUUUUUCCUUGCGAUGAAGCUAUCUAACAUUUUACAGAAAUCUCUAAGUAUAUAACUACGUAAUAAGAAUCAUACAGAAAAAUAACUAAGUACUUUACCACCUUCCUACUAAGUAAUUACAUAUAUUAAAACUACAACAAAAAAACAAAACUAUUUUAUUUAAAGUAACUUUGUCCUAAAGUCCUAACCAGGAUCAUGAUAAAAUCAAAAUCUCUAACUUUAUAGGUUAAACAUACUAUAAAAAUACAGCAAACCAAACUAAAAAAUUGAUCAUUGUUGAUGAUUUGUCUCCAUGGCAACGGGCAUUUGCAACCCAAUGCAAUCUAUCGGUACUAGAAGAAAACUUACCAAGUAGAAGGUUGUACAUGACCAUGUGGUGGACAUAGAGAAAUAAUACACUAUCACUGAUAUUAUCUCUAUUAACUACUUGCUAUGAUUUUCUAUUAUAAAUCUGAAUCUACCUCUUUUUCACUCCCUUAAUAAUAGAAUUUCAUAAUUAUAUGUAGCCUUUGUCUUAUUCCAAAUUGUGCCAAAUUUUACUCAAAUCUGUGGAGAAGUUCGGGCGUGAAAAAGUAUAAAAAAGAAAUGAUUGAUUCCCCACACAAACUUUCAUCCCCUAUUUCACCCCCAUCCAAUUUUAUUUAUUUUUGACAAAGAGUAGCCUAUGUCCUUCUCCAAGGUCCAAUCUAUUUCUAUACCAAAAUUCAUCAAAAUUGGUUUAUUAGUUUAGGCGUGAAAAGGUAACAGACAGACAGAGUUACUUUCUUUCGCAUUUAUAAUAUUAGUAUGGAUUCCAAAUUUUCCAAAGUUUGUGCUGGUAUCUAAAUUAAAAUACAAAAACUAGUAGUGCAUUUGUUGCAAUGCAAAUAAAUAACCUACACAACUAUACUUUAAACAAAAAUUGUAUUGCUUUUAAUAUUAUUUUUGGCUUGCAUUUAAAAGAUACUUAACUAUCCUUCUGUAGUCUUACAAUCUUUUUUUAGUUAGUGUUUUGCAAGUAGUUUUCUGGCAUUAACCAUGCCAAUUAUCAUUUUGCAUGCCUUUUGAAAAAGACUUUAGUUGAAACUAUUUUUUAUGGUAAUACAAAAUGUAGCUUAUGGGUCUACAUCGCUUAAGUCAGUGUGCCUCCAAAUUGCACACCCAAGCAGACUAACUACUCAGACUUACACGUAGUCACAUCACUACCACAAAUCAUGAAGCUGUUCCUAUUUUUUGUGCAAAAUUGUACUCUGUCUUUGGAUGUGCUUUUCUCAGGUUCUGUUGGCAUUUAAACAAAACUGUUUGUGCCCUAAUACUUACAAAUAUAAAUCUUUUUAAUGAGGAAAAAAAUUCAGGAUUUAUGUUUUUUUGUGUGCGUCUGUUGAACUGGCAAAUUAGGUAGACUAUUUCAUCAAUAUGCUAAAUUUCUUUUUUUUGCAAUUAUUUAUAGAAAUUAAUGAAAAUCAAAUAAAAGCUGGGAAGUGUUAUAAAUGUAGUUUGAAUGGAAGUGUGGAUAUGGUGUUAUAAUUGCUGUUAUAAUUAAUUUUCUGUGUGAUUUUUUAUCAGUUGCCAUAAAAUGUUUCUCUUUUUCAUAGUAAAGAUUGUACAUAAAACUUAUCUAUGGAGUCAUAUUAGCAGUCGCACUGUGUUGCAUUAAAUUAAAUUUUCAUACUAUGUUUUAAUGCACUUAUAUGUGGUAAAGUUUUUAGUAUAAAAAAUGGCUGGUACCCAAAACACAAUUUUAUUGUAGUACACAUAGCUGAAGUUCAUGUGAAAGAUGCUUAAUUUAUUUGUACAUACACACUUUGUCACUUGCAAUAAUUCUUAAGCUCUAAUUCAAAAUACAAUUAGAAACAUUUUGUUACAAAAGGUUUUUCUGCUUUUGACUAUAAAAACAAUCCACUUCGAAAUUUGGUCAAAAUUAUUAUAUUAUUGUUUGCAUUUAUUUUAUGCCUUCAUUAUAUUUAUACUAGCAUCAAUUAAUUUGUGCAUGUACAUAAUGAGUACGACACUUUCACUACCUGAGUUAUUAUUUCCGUAUAAUGGCAAUAUUUUGAGUAAGUACUCAAAUUUUUUUCUUUGUAUGAAAUUAAUAGCAUCUGGUGCAUGAAUAAAGUAUGGCCAGAAUUUUUGACUGUAUAAAAGAUUAGUUCAUACUUUGUUGUUACUCAACGCCUAGUCUGCUUGAUAGCUAGAAGGUGAGUUAAUUUCUCGACCAUGCUGAUGUCUGCUGUUAUGCAGAGCAAACUUUGGUACAACUUAAACCGUUUUGUAGCAGCUCAACAUAUAAAUUCUGAUGAGCUCAGCUUGUACCAAAUUUUUCUUGUAAGGAAUAUUUCAUUUUUAAACAGCCAGUUAUUAAGAAAAAUGCAGUAAGUACUCUUUGAAUGUGUUUCAACAAGAAAAUAUCUGUCAUAAUACAUGUAUUUACAUUGUCUGAAAUAAUUGCAUAGAACGUGUUGAAAAAGGUGUAAUUGAAAAAGUAAUGUAUGAUAAAUUUGCACUCAUGGCCAUCCUUACUAGUUUUCUGAAUAUAUUUUAACACUUGUUUUUUUUUGUGAAUAACAAAACAUAAGGUGAAAAAAGUUGACCUCAUAGUGGUCAUCAAUGAUUUGUUUUUAUAAGAUGCCAUAGAUGCAUCUAUAUGGUAUCAUGUAGAUGUUGUUUACUUAAAAAAUUUGUGUGCAAUUGCUCAGAAAAUUAUGUCAAACGUUUUUGCAAAAGGUGAGGCAUCAACUCGUGAUUGUUGCAUAUGAAACCUAUAGUUAUGUUUUAUAUCUCUUUCCUUAUAUUAAAAAUUACUAAAAUGUUUCGUCUCAUUUAAAAAAAAACCCGUUGUUAAUGUGGCUUUGAGAGGUGCAAUAUCUUAAGCAGAGUGCACUAAGAUUAAAACAUUUUAAAAAGCUUUACUUUUAAGGAAGAAUUUUUGUUUGUAAAUUCUUAAUUUUAUCCACUAAUCUUGGAUGAAAAGUCAUAUGUUAAGUGUAUCAUAUAGUAAUUAUAAUUUAUUAACAAUUAAUGAUUUUAUCUUUUUUUUUAACUUUUACUUUUUUGUUUUAGAUAUUUGUAAUUAAAAACCACUGAGAAUUAUGCAAUGGCAGUUUUAUUUAAAGUGUCAUUUUGUAAAGUAUGUAAUGACAAUGAGUCCAAUUUCAAGUUUAUGUGAUGACAUCAUUAUUUAUUAAAGUUUGACUGUGCGUUGUGUAAAAAUGUGAAUGGCAAACAGUAAAAAAAAAAAAAACCUGGUGGGCCUGAUGUAAUGUUAUUAAAGGGGCAAUGUAUUCAUCAACCAUUUUCAGCCAGAGUAAGUAUGGCAGUGUGUAAAUACAUUAGACUCCCAAUUAUCUGAGGUAAUAAUUAUAUUCUCAUUAAUAAUCAUAUUAUUAAAAAAAAAUAUUAUUUACAGGGGUCCAUGGAUAACUGAAAAACACUGUAUAAGGUUGUACAUGAUAGGUACUUAAGUGUUAGACGCAAUUUGUAGAAAAGGUUGCAGUACAUAUCAUUAAAACAUAGCCGUAUUUCAUGUCAAUAAUUUUUAAUUUUUGUUGAAUAUUGAGUACCACUGGUUUAUGUUCAUUAUUAAUUAUUAGACAUUACUGACACUAAAGAUUAUGAUAAAAAAUAAAGUACCGCUAUGUUGCGAAUCCUGCCUUGAAACUAUGCAGACCAGUUAUCACUUGCAUGAGUGCCGGCACCAACCAGAACGAGGUUCACAAAGGCACGUGGAACACAAGCACGCACUGCUUACAGGGAUGCAUGUAUAAUUUCCACUAGCAGUUUCCAAAUUCAUGAUGCAUACUAUCACUUUGUUUGGCAGCAGUUUUAGUCUUGUAUCACAGCAUAAAAUGCUCUGUCACAUUAAUAAAUGGCAAAAAUAAAAUAAUAAAUAGUCAAAAAUUAUUUUUGUUUUUGGUCUAUGGUAGUGAAAUGUGGCACGGUUAACCCGCAAACUGAAUAACCAGUUUCUGGAUGAUUGGGAGUUUACUGUAAUUGGUUGAAAUGAAAGCAUACAAGUAUGUAUUAGCAAGUAAGGUGUAUGUGUGUUUUUCUCAAGUUAAAUCAAAAGGCAACAUGCAGAUAUAUUAUCUUAAAGUUGUAAUUUACUGAAAAAAAGAAAGAAAAGUGAUAUUAACAAAAUUUUCUAUUUAAAAAUACUUAGUGAUUUAUGCAGCCAAUAUCACACAAUCCAAAACACUCAGAACUGAUAAUCUUUUGUUUAAUUAAUGUGGUAAUAGAAAAUACUGUGUGAGAUGAUGUUAAGACAUAUUCUUCAUCCUAAAAAAUGGUGCUCAAAUAGGUAUAAAUAGUAUCCAAAUAUAUAAAUUUAUUAUUAUAAUUUAAUUAAUUUGAUGUUUGUUUGUGACUGGUAUAUGUAUACCUAAUAGCUUAAGUUCCUAAUUUUUUAAUAUUGAAAAUAAUAGAUUCUGGUUGUGUAGUAAAUUACUCAUGUUUUGUAAAAUUGGGUAAGGUGAGAUUUUAAUCCACAUGGUCGUGCAGAGAUUUAGGUGCCAAGACUACCAAGAUUAUAAUGGUCUUCAAACCUCUUAAACUUGGGUUACCACCCUGAAGGAGGAUCGGAAAGUAGGUACAUGAAUUUAUUUAAUUUAAAUAAUGCGCUGAGUCAAGUCAAAUAUUCAGUAAAACAUUAUUCACAUGAAACAUGUGCUAUAAGGUAGUUAAAAACCAUAUUUUCUUUAUAUCGUCCUCUUUCCUAAUCGUAAGAAUGUUUUUUGUGUAUUUGUUUUUUUGUACAGUGUGGUCAAGACAUCAUUUGGGAUUUCAUGGUGUCUCUUUUGUAUUGCUUGUCUUAAAUACCUAUGCUUCACGACUAUUUCAAUUGUAUACAUGCAUGUCAUGUUAACUUGCAUCUGAGCUAUGGCAUCACGACGAGGUCAGGCGUGAGGAAUGCAUUUUUAAUGUGCUAGUUUAAUUUUGUCUUUUUUUUUUAUUUCAUGAUUUUUGUAAAUUUUGUUUAAUUAAUUAUUAGUAAAAUAAUGGCUGGGUAACAGUAUUGAUGAUAUAUGCAUGUUGCCUGUUGGACUUCGUUUAAUUUAGUUAGGUUAAAAUUAAUGUAUGUCCUUGUAGAAAUAUAAUGUACCUGAUUUAAGGCUGGUCAUUGUGAUCAUAGCAAAGUAAAAUCUCAUUAUAAAGUACAGACUUGUUAAACUUCAAAUUAUUUCUCUUUUUUUAAAUAUAUUGGAACCUUCUCCGUUACUCCUUUUUUUAAUGUUAUCCAGCGAAAACAAAGAAAAAAAUUUUUGUGGUGUAUCAUGCUAAAAUUUUUGUUAGAUUAGAUAUGGUAAGUUUGGUAUGUUAUGUGGUUAAAAUUUUGACUUGUCAAGUGGAAACAAAACGAUUGUGAAACAUAACUUAUUUAUUUGUGCCAAUUAGAAAACAAUAUUUUGCAUGUUACAUGUUAGUUGAAAAUAAAUCAAAAAUAUAUAUUUUCAUUAAAAAAAAUCUUUGAAAAAACAGCAGUGUAAUUAUUUGUUAUAACAUGUAAUGCAGUUCAAGUCAAUUAUAAGCAUAUUUAAACUAAAAUGAUGGUUUCCAAUUUAAUUUGGCAAUAUUAUUAAGACAUAUGAAGAAGAAAUGAAAAUGCAUUUAACAUCAAAAAAUGCAGUUGUUUUAUUUGGUUUGAAAGGCAGUAAUUGUUCAAGAUCAUGCAAAAUUAAUACAUAAUUGUAAUUUAAUUGUUAAAUACUAAAAUUGAGUUUUUGACGUGACGUCUAAUAAAUCGAUGAAUGCAUGCUGCACGCACGAAAAAGUGUCCCGUAACGCACAUUGUCCCACUACGAUGUGUCCCGUUACACUCAUUGUACAUUUGCACUGCAUCUCUCUUCCACUCGAUUGGAACAACAAUCGAUUUUACUUUUCAAUCAUGUUUUCGUUGUUUGAAUAAUUAAUAUUAAUAUUAUGUAAUUUAACGAUCGUCCACCGAUUUUCAGUACAAUCGGUACGGUUAUUUAAAAGUAAUGUUGAAUUUUCAAAUAUGUUUUUGUACGAACAAUGAUGUUUUACAGUUACACAUAAUAAUUCAAAUUACACCCGGGAUCUUUUGCACAAUAUUUUAAAAAUAUUGUAACACAUUAUAAAUAAGUUUGGUGUAUUUGGGAUGCGUAUUUGUUAUAAAAUCAUAUUAUAAAAACGAAAUAAUAUUAUUCCCCUAUGGUGAAGGACGCGAACCGAACGAAUCGCGCUAUCUAUCCGCUUCCGCGGCAGCCAGGCACUCAUUAAUACAUAUUUUCCUUUCUUUAUCGUGAGGGGCGUUAUUAUUAAAGAAUUAUAAAUAAAAUUUCGUGCCCGGGGCCACAAUUGUAAAUCAUUUUGAGCACUGGAAGACAUAAAAACGUAAAAUAUUCUCGACGAAUUUUAAUCUCGGCCCUAGUGCACCACGAGCGUUUGGGUUGGAGAUUAAAGCCGAAAUUCUUUCUUAAACUUACUAAUACUUAUUUUAUUAACUGCCAGGGCAUUUUUAUUCAAUUCUACGUUUAAUUUCACGACGAACAAUCUUCGUCGUUAAAUGUGUAAUUGCGAAAAAGCGUAAAAUAUUCUCGACGAUCUUGAAGUUAAAUAGCAAACAUGUUUAAAAGUUAUAGUUAAAAUAAUCUCUUCGUUAAAGUAUUAAACAUAUUUGAAUUAAUAAGUACAAAUAAAAGUAAAUUUAUCAAUUAAAUUGUAGAUUUCAUUUCACUCCUUCUUUGUAUCCAUACAAAAUAAUGAUAAUUCAAUAAAAAUGAUUCAGUUUUAUUCAUAAAAGUAUGCAAUCAUUUCAUCAUUGUUUUGUUAUGACGUCAUGUUAAACUAUUGUCCGUAAACCGACUUUAUAGACAACCAAUUUUUUUUUUAUGUACUUUUUAAUAAGAUUUUGCUGCAGUGUUAUUAUUAUUACUAAUGUAAUUAUUUUGUGUUUUGAUACAUUUCUGUAAUCAUUUUUACUUACCACAUUAGUAUAUAACUAGAUAUACGAACUGUAAUUAAAAAUCAACAGGUGGAAUUACUCUAUGGAGAUGUAUUUAUUGCCUUGAAUUUAAAUAUAUUUGGAAGAAUUAUAAUUUAAAUACUUGAAUGGAUUUUUUCUAGAGUUACAGUAUGUUAAUUUCAAAUGAGCUUGGAUGAUUGUUUAGAAAUAUAUAGACUACACAUUGCUGAUUGCAAACUUAAGAAACUAUUAAUUGCAUAUUUUGACUUUUUCGAAAGGGUAAUUUUUUAUUUAUGUUAUUGAAAAUAGUGCAAAUUCUUAUCUUCAAUUUUUGCACCCAUGUUGUGUGUGUGUUUUGUAGGACGUGUGUUAAGUGAUGUACGAAUGUAACUUAACUGUGUAUUCAAGAUGUGCUUAGUAACAUAAGUUGUACUAUUGCUGUUUUGUAUUUCCUUGGCACAGUUACAUGAAGGUACAUUCAGAUGUAUGCUCGCUCCUCUAGCAGGAGCAGCGCUGAUGAGAUAAGGGCAAGUGAUUAGCUCUGUGUACAUGUAGUAUUGAACUGCAAACAGUGCAGUUUUCCAGUAACUGUGAAUAAAUAUCUCUGUCUCUAAAUGACAUGAGAUUUUAAAAUAA